UGUGCCCCGCUCUCCCCCUACAGUAGCAGAAAGUCUCUUGUACAGCAUGGCAUGAAGGUGGUCGGCUGUGCCAGAAAUGUGGAGCAAAUAGAGAAACUGGCUGCGGAAUGUGUCAGUAGUGGAUUCAGCGGCACUCUGAUACCAUAUAAAUGUGAUCUGUCUGUAGAGGACGACAUGUUAUCCAUGUUCUCCUGGAUCAAAGUUCAACAUCAUGGAGUUGACGUGUGCAUUAAUAAUGCUGGUUUGGCUCUCCCAGAGCCACUGUUGAGUGGCAAAACCAGUGGCUGGAAAACUAUAAUGGAUGUGAAUGUCAUUGCCCUGUCAGUGUGCGCCCGUGAAGCAUACCAGUCCAUGAAAGAAAGAAAAGUUGAUGAUGGUCAUAUCAUUAAUAUUAACAAUAUUUGUGGACACCGGGUCGUCAACAACGCUGAUGCACACUUCUACACCGCCAGCAAAUAUGCAGUGACGGCUCUCACAGAUGGUUUGAGGCAAGAGUUACGAGAGGCCAAAACCCACAUACAUGCCACAUGUAUUUCUCCUGGUUUAGUGGAGACAGAAUUUGCCUCCCGACGUUUUAGUGAAAACCCAGAAAUAGCUGUUGCUACCUACAAAAGUGUAAAGUGCCUACAAGUAGCUGACAUUGCAAACGCAGUGGUGUAUGUCCUGAGUGCUCCUCCUCAUGUUCAAAUUGGUGACAUUGAGAUCACGCCAGUGGAGCAGUCGAUGUAACCUGAGCAAAUAAACGGGAUCAAGCAUCUCUGACACAAUGUGACAGUGAUGAAGGACAGAACUUGAAGUAAAAAAAAAGACUGUUCAAUUUACUAUAUUGCUAAUAUAUGUAGUAUACUAGUAUAGCAUAUUUACUACUAAUAAUAGUACAUCUAUUAUUGUAAAUGUUACUAGACAGACAA